AUGGAAUUUUGUUCCACAACUCUUUCUUUCUCUUCUUCCACUUCUCUUCUCCAUUUUCAGAGCCCUAAAUUUCCUAAAAGGAAUUUCUGUCACAAAAUUUCAAACCCUACAUUGCCUAAACCAUUUCUUCAGAUAUAUGGUAAACCUCAUACAUUAAUUUAUGAACAAAAUUCAACAAAACUUUCUCCUAGAACACAUAGAGCAAUCAUAACAGCUAAAUCCGGAAGACAAAAUUGGGAUUUAGGAAGGUUUAUAAAAACUUUAUACUUCUUCAAUGGACCUCCAUCUCCUGCUAAGUUCUUUGACUUUCUAGUUGGGAAACUAUCCAGUACUUCCCCUAGUGUAUCGGUUAACUCAAUGGGGACUUCGGAUAUUGUUCUUGUUGCUGGAGCUACCGGUGGUGUUGGUCGAAGAGUGGUUGACGUGUUACGGAAGAAAGGAAUUCCUGUUCGAGUUUUGGUUAGAAAUGAAGAGAAAGCAAGAAAGAUGUUAGGCUCAGAUGUUGACUUGGUUGUGGGAGACAUUACAAAAGAUAGUACUUUGAUCCCUGAGUACUUUAAAGGAGUGAAGAAAGUGAUCAACGCCGUUUCUGUAAUUGUUGGCCCUAAAGAAGGAGACACUCCGGACAGAGCAAAAUACAGCCAAGGAAUUAAGUUCUUUGAGCCAGAGAUAAAAGGUGAUUCACCAGAAAAAGUAGAGUACAUAGGAAUGAGAAAUUUGAUCAAGGCCGUGAAGAACAACCUUGGACUUCGAAGGGGAAAGCUAUUAUUUGGAUUUGAAGGCGAAAGUUACAGGCAGCUUUCUUGGGGCGCUUUGGAUGACGUGGUAAUGGGUGGAGUUAGUGAAAGUACUUUUCAAAUUGACUCAAAUGGUAGUGAAAAUGGUGGACCAACUGGGGUUUUUAAAGGUGUUGUUUCAUCGGCAAAUAAUGGUGGCUUUACAAGUAUCAGAACAAAGAAUUUUUCAGAACCUGAGGAUCUCUCUGCAUAUGAUGGUUUGGAGUUCCGUCUAAAAGGUGAUGGGCGUAGAUAUAAGGUCAUUAUACGCACAAGCCCCGAUUGGGAUGCUCUUGGGUACACUGCAGGCUUUAACACAGAGAAAGGCAAAUGGCAAUCGAUUCAAUUGCCGUUUUCUUCCCUGAGGCCCAUAUUUCGAGCAAAAACUGUGUCUGAUGCUCCGCCAUUUGAUCCCAGCAACAUUGCAUCACUGCAGCUCAUGUUCAGCAAGUUUGAAUAUGAUGGUAAAUUAAAUGAGACUUUUGCGGAAGGUCCGUUUGAGCUUCCGGUGUCGAGCAUAAAGGCAUAUAUAAAUGAUCCAAUAACUCCUAGAUUUGUACAUGUGGGGUCAGCGGGAGUUACCCGACCGGAAAGGCCCGGACUUGAUCUAAGUAAACAGCCUCCGGCAGUUCGAUUAAACAAGGAACUGGAUUAUAUCCUCACAUUUAAACUAAAGGGUGAGGAUUCAAUCCGAGAAAGUGGCAUUCCAUAUACGAUUGUGAGGCCUUGUGCGUUAACUGAAGAACCUGCUGGAGCUGAUCUAAUCUUUGAUCAAGGAGAUAAUAUUACGGGUAAAAUAUCAAGGGAAGAGGUCGCUCAGAUGUGCGUAGCUGCACUUGAAAGCCCUUACGCAUGCGAUAAAACAUUUGAGGUCAAAAGUGUUAUUCCAUUUAGCGAGCCAUUUACGGUGGAUCCAGAAAAUCCUCCUCUAGAAAAGGACUAUGACAUAUACUUUAAAACCUUAAAAGAAGGCAUAACUGGGAAGGAAGCCCUCCAACAAAAUCCUAUACCUGUUUAA